AGUUAAUGGAUGGAAGUGUGGACACUACUGAUUGUUGCUGUUUAAUACCCAUUUCAGAAAGCGUCUAAGUGUUCCUAAUUGCAUAAGGGCCUAGACAGUUAGAAUAAAUUGCCUCUGUUUAGCACUUAUGAGAGUACACAAACAGCACAGAGUGGAUAAAUGUCCAUGGGGUGUUUGUGCAGCACGAUAAUUACCAACUGAGAACUCUCAGCUGCAUAUUGAUGGAGGUGGUUGAAAAGAUGCUUGGACAUAUGGCAAACAACAGUGAGUGAUUAUAUAUGUUGAAGAACCAUACUCCCGACGACAGUCCUUAAUGUUUAGGCUUACAUUUUCUUUUUAUCUGAUUGUUUUUCUUUUUCUGUGUGCUUUGACACCCUCCUCUAUUACAAAGUCAGGAGGAAAGCACUCAGUAAAUUCCCUGAAGGUAUCAAUGUUUAUAGUCUUUUUUUUAUAGCCUCAAAAUUGACUGUUGACCUUUGUACAAAAGUGUCUCCUUCCUGUUCACUAUGUGGUUUUCACACCACUGUUGGUCAGUGGUAAACAAUGGGUCAGUAAUGCCAGCAUAUACACUAAAAAAGGUAUUGUGACAUUCAUGUUGGUUUACCCUUACUGGGUGGUUUGCGCUGGAGGAAAUUGAGUCAGUGAUCCAUGUGGUUCAGGCAUAAACAAGACUAGUGUGAGCAAUCAUGUGAUUUCAGUCUGGUCUGGGAUUGGCAUGAGACUGCUGUCACAUGUCAGUCAGGAGGAAAGUCACAUGAUAGAGGGAUACAAAUACUGAUUCUUCGAACAAACAAGCUCAUUUUCCUUGCUAUUUAAAAUUAAAUCAGGCGCAUUCUGAAGCGUAAGCAUAUUGUGGGAUGGUGAGAUCAAUGCACAAGUGAGGUUAGAACUGUAGUGUCAGGAUACUAGGCUGAGCAGUACGGAAGCAACAGAUAUGAUAAACAAAUCAACAAGUCAGGUGACGUAUCGUGUUGUCCAGGUGACUGACCAACACCUUGAUGGAAGAGAUGAUGCAGGAGGAGCAGUGAGCGUUGUCUCAACAGCUGCAUUCACCGGGGCUCCUCAAGCUGUGGCACAGGCUGUGAUCCAGAACCCUUUCAGUAAUGGAGGAAGCCCAGCAGGAGAGGCAGUGGGAGGGGAGACCCGCUUCGCUUACUUCCCCGCAACUGCGGUGAGCGACGGGACUGUGUCUGUGCAGGCCGCCACGGACCCCACACUCACACAGGCAGGGGGUCAGUUUUAUGUGAUGAUGACCCCUCCUGAUGUCAUUCAGACAGGCACACCACGAACCAUUGCCCCACGAACACAGCCAUACCCUGCAGAUGAAAACGAGCUGCUGCAACAUGAAGUUUUAAACUGGAAAAUGGAUGGACCCCGAACACCAAGAGAUGAAAGGAGAAGAGCACAACAUAAUGAAGUCGAAAGACGGCGAAGAGACAAGAUCAACAACUGGAUUGUCACACUUUCCAAGAUUAUCCCAGACUGCAGUAUGGAUAGCACCAAAACCGGAGCAAGCAAAGGAGGCAUCCUGUCUAAAGCUUGUGACUAUAUUCGUGAGCUGAGGCAAAGCAACCAGAGGCUGCAAGAGAGUCUGAAGGAAGUGGAGAGGAUACAAAUGGACAAUGAGUUGUGCAGACAGCAGAUUGAAGAGCUGAAAAAUGAAAACGCAUUGCUCCGAGCGCAACUCCAGCAGCACGGCAUCGAAAUGGUUGGAGAAACGCCACCACAGUGAAUGAAACCAAAAGAGCAGCGCAGGGCACACCCACUCAGACAUAUAACUGACACAGUGGGAAACAACGCAAGAAAAAAAACCAACAACAAAAAAACGAGAGACUUUAUGGAGAAUCACUUUCUUUUUAGUGAAUGCAUCCUCCCCUGGGUUCCCAGGUUGUGAACCCUUCACAAGCCGAUUUUGGCUGCACUUGACUUUUCCAAUCGUAUUGAGAUAACCACCCGCUGCAGCUGAGUAGAAAUGUGCUCCAAGAAAAGAUGCCCACUCACCUUUAUCAGGGUGCUUUACUGUAGGACUAGCUAUGAAAGAGACCCUCUGCUGCCCUUCUUUAUUUGUAUUUAUGUAGCUUCAUUCAUGGACUACGAUGUUUGUCAGUUAUUUCUUUCCUUCCCAAACCCUUUCCCUCGUUAUUAAUUUUGACUUACUUCAUGCUUUUAUUCUGUUUGUGUUUUUGAGUUCUGUAUUAAUAUUUUGUUUUUAGCCCCUUUAAUUUAUUAGUCUGCUUGCUGACAGAAGCCUUGAUGGAGACCCGUUACGAUGAAAUUUAUGCAUCCAGUGAAGCCGACAUCAAAGUAUGAAAAACAUGAUUCUACAGACAGAAAUAAUGUGACACACAUAGCUUACCUAGACACAAAGACAAACAAGAAUCUGUGCUUGCUGAUGAUUCUGGGCUGAUUUAUGUAAAUAUGGCUUCUCAUGUUUUAAUACAGAUGUUACAGAAUGUUAAAGCAGAUUAUCUCUGGGAGUAAACAAUCAAUAACUCAUUAGUUCCAUGCUGGCAAUUGUCAAAACAAUUACAACAAAGUGUGUGCAAUCUAUGAAGUUCAGUUUGCUGAGGCUAAAAUGUGGUUUACUUGAAGUGUUGGGCAUUUGCUGGUGAAGUGGUAUUUAAAUACAAAGUGAAAUGUUAGAAUGUGGAACAUGCAGACACGUCAAACUUCAUGUUGUGGAGAGGUGAGCGGGGCAAAUCCCAACUUUUGCCACAUAUUUAGGUACUGUGGGUUUUGUUUUCAUCCUUUGUCGGGUGACUUACCUGUGUCCCAGUACAUGCAAGAAUAAUCCCCAUGUUUCAUUUCAAGCUGUUUGCUCUAUUUUGGUAUUGCAACACUUCAAAUGGAGCUCAACGCACAAGGGGGUGGGGGGCACCCUGGAGAGCAGUGCUCAAAGACUUUGCUCACUAUAGAAAAUGAGUACACGGAAAUUCUGUGUUGCAGUUCUUAGUUGAGCAUGACUCAUUCUCUACGAAAAGACUAAAUAGUUUGCAUGCGGGAAACUUGGAAAUGAUCUUACAUAUUUCUCCACCCACGCAGGCAAACAAUAAGUAAACUGUAAUUGGUUGUACAAACAGCAAAAGGCAACAUUAAUGUUGCUGAAGGUUUUGUGAAUGAAUAUAAAUGAUGUGUUUUUUUUUUUUUUUGUUGGUUUGUUUUUUUUCCCAUUUGGGAAAAUGUGAGUGGAAGAAAGAUGUCAAACUUCACUUAAUAGAGCACGAUUGCUUCUCCUUGUAUCAACAGCUCAGGAUCCAGCAAAGAAAAACCAACACUCAGACCCCUGGCAACAUCGGCUAUCACAUUUUAAUAUCUCAGACUUGCUUGUGCUUUUAAAAGUGCUGUUCUGCUGCAACAACUGGAUUCAAACCUGGGCGAUAUAGUGCAAGUGUCUGGUCUAUCAAAUGAGGCUCCUAGCCAAAGUCGAAUGAUAGAUGUUUUGCAGUAGAUUUUUUUUUUUUUCUUUACACCUCAGUGAGGAGAGACGUGAAUGUGAAGAAAUGAGUACUGCUUAAAAGAUGGUUGAUCAGAAAUCAAAGGUCAUUCGUGGCUAACUUUUUUUUUUUUUCUUGCAUUUCUUUUUUUGAAAUGGCAAAAGGAAGAAAAAAUCCUCUUUUCCUCUGUGUAGCAGCCUCACUGUUCUCAGGUUAGAGACAUGUUUUCUAAGCAAAAUGGUGGAAAAUAAAACUUUCACUAUCUAAA